AUGUGGCUGCGUCGACGGAUCGCUGGUCGUGGCGCACGUUGCGCGCACCUUUUGACGUCACCCUUCGUAUCGUCUGCUCCCUUCAGCAGUAGCACCGCUGGCUCUUCGCACGACGUCGACAACGGUCAUGUGCGCCUCGCGAAGCUGAUGACUCAGAAAGGUCUCUGUUCGCGUCGCGAAGCAGAGGCGUACAUCCAAGCUGGCGAUGUGCUUGUCAAUGGCGAGCGAGUGCAGGCGGACUGGCUCAAAGUGCCUCUCGACACUGACGUCCGUCUAGACUGUCGAGCUCAGCGACAUCAGCACAAAAAAGUCACGCUCGUGCUGAACAAACCAUUGGGCUUUGUCUCGUCUCAGCCCGAGCCGAACAAGACACCAGCGGUUCGCCUGCUCACGUUUGAGAACGAGUGUCGAGAACUGAGUCGCGUCAAGCCUCGACAGAGUAUUGAGCCCGUUAACUUGUGGAAAAUGGCCGUCUGUGGCCGUCUGGAUGUCAACUCGACGGGGCUGUUGCUUUUCACACAAGACGGAAAGGUGGCGAAACAGUUGCUGGACCCCAAGAGCGGGAUCGAGAAGGAAUACCUCGUGCGCGUAGACGUCGAGUUGGAUCCGGUGCGUGACGAGAUGCAGGAGAAGCUAGAGGUGCUGCGGGCUGGUGUGACGUCCGAAGAAGGCAUUACGUACCGAGCCAAGUCAGUGGAAGUACUGAACGCGAAUCAAUUGCGGGUGAUUCUUACCGAAGGAAAGAACCGGCACAUUCGUCGCAUGUGUGAGCAUGUCGGGCUGCGUGUGACGGCUCUCAAGCGCGUCCGAAUUGGAGGCGUGAAGCUCGGGUCACUGCCUGUCGGACAGUGGCGGUAUUUGCAACCGACUGACAGAAUCUAG